UCCUCACUUAUCCCUCGCGUUCAUUCAAUCUCCUCUGUCUCUCUUUCUUCCUCUCUCUCCACCCAUAAUACCUCAGCCUUUCAUUGUAAUCCAAGAGCUCAAUCCCUCUGUUCUUUUCCUUUCUUGGAUGAAUAGUUCCUUUGUUCUUCCUCGGCCUCCCUGCGUCUCCCCCUACAGAGAGCCUUUUCUCACUCCAAUUUUAUAACACCAAAUCCUCUGUUUCUUCCUCUGCUUCUCUCUCUCUCUCUCUCUCUCUCUCUCUCUCUGUGUCCUCCUCCCCAAAAAAGAGCCUCAAAUUCAUUGUAAUUUAGAACACCAACUCAUCAUCUCUUCUGCCUCUGCCUCCAUUUAGUUCUAGAUUUGUAAAUCUUCUGAUUUUCAUUUGAAAUUUCAAAGUAUAGGCUACUAUUAUGGCAACGAUUGUGUACCAAGGUCUGCAGUCAUGUCUAGACAGCACCCAUCUUGUCGAGCCAAAAACGGUGAGGCUCAAACUGUCUUCACCGACACCACACUUCUCUCAACCGCUUGAACUAGCCUUAAGAUCUUGUUUCUUGGAUUGCAAAACCAAAGAAGUUGGAGAGAAAUAUCACCGCAUUGAGGAGGUUUGCAACAAGCCCCAGAACCCCUUAGACAAGCAUAGCCCCUCAAAUCCUGACUUGGGUGGCUGGAGUUUCCUCCAAGCUAUGUCCAUAAACCCCGAAGGUCCCAAAGAAGCAAUGGAGAAGGAAAACAUCUACGUCCAUCCUCUUGAUAAACGCUCCUCGUCCAUUCUGAGUGAGAAAAGCUUGGAACUGUGCACUGAAAAUCUGGGCAAUGAAACGGGCACCGAAAUCAAGGAGGGUAGCAUUUUCUCGUUGCCUGCGUCGGACUCUAAGGGCGGGAAUUUGCCGACAAGGGAGCAAAGGAAAUCACGUCAACUUUUUGGAGCAAAGAAAAUUAAUCCUCGGAAUUUUCCACCUCCCUUGACAACGAUAAGUGGCUCGGAAUCUCUACGAGUUAGGCCCCACCGAGAAGAUGGGCGGCUAAUAAUCAAAGCUGUCAAGGCUCCUGUAACUCACACUUAUUUUCAAGCUGAACGCAGUCAUGGCCGCCUUCGACUAUGCGUUUUGAAAACUUGUACUCUCAGUGUUGACUCGGAUGAAGCCGAUAAUGAAGAAAAUGAAGCGUUUGAUGGAAAAGAAGGAUUUGACAGUGAUACCAAAGAAGAAAAACAACCUGCAGUGGAAGAAGAAGAAGAAGAAGAAGAAGAAGAGGAUCAAGAGGAAGAGGAUUUUGAAGAUGGAGAAAAGGACGUGUACUUGGUGGGUGAGGAUUUGGAUGGUAAUUACGCAUAUGGUGAGGCUGAAAUGGGAAAGGAAAAGUUUGAGAGGCCAAGAGGGUGCAAAGAAGACGAUCAGCACGAGAAGAAAAUAUUGUUAGAUUGGGAGCCGGUCUUGUGGCCAGUGGCUACUUCCUAGCUAAAGCUUUAUUUUGGAUCUCUCUAUAUAUUAACUAUAUUCCACAAUUUAGUGU